AUGUGUGGCAGAUAUGCAAUGUCUCUGCGCCCUUCGGCAGCUCGCCGAAGAUUGCAACAAGAAAACAUGCCUGCUGAUGAGGCUCCCGACGAUGACGAUAAUACUGUUCGCCAGACUUAUAACUUCGCUCCUGGCAAUCAUGGCCUAGUUUACCGUGCCGAUGUUCCGGACUCGGGCGCCGCAUCUCAACCACAAGAUAAAGACAAGACUGACACUGUCGAUGGAGCUGCCACAAAAGAAACCCGAUACAAGCUGCAGGCCAUGAAGUGGGGCCUGAUUCCAUUCUGGACAAAGAGACAGCCCGACUAUGGCAACAUGAUGCGCACCAUCAACUGCCGCGACGAUUCCUUGUCCACUUCAGGCGGUUUGUGGAACACUAUGAAGCAGCGCAAGAGAUGCAUCAUCGUCUGCGAAGGCUUCUACGAAUGGUUGAAGAAGAACAACGGCCGUGAUCGUAUUCCGCAUUUCGUAAAGAGAAAGGACGGUCAACUCAUGUGCUUCGCCGGUCUCUGGGACUGUGUCCAAUAUGAGGGCCAGUCCGACAAACUUUACACAUACACCGUCAUCACCACUGACUCCAAUACCCAACUCAAGUUCCUGCAUGACCGCAUGCCUGUCAUCUUCAACAAUGGUUCCGAAGCUGUCAAGACCUGGCUCGAUCCUGCUCGCUCGGAGUGGUCCAAGGAACUCCAAUCACUUCUCAAGCCAUACGACGGUGAGCUUGAGUGCUACCCUGUUGACAAAGCUGUUGGCAAAGUUGGCAACAACUCUCCGUCCUUCAUCAUCCCAAUUGACAGCAAAGAGAACAAAAGCAACAUUGCCAACUUCUUCGGCAACCAGAGAAAGCAGGCUAAAAGUGAAAACGAGGAGAAAAUAGUGAAAAACCAGGAAGAGGACCUUCAAUCACAUGGGGAUCAAGUCAAACGAGAACCCGAUGAAGACCGUUCCACCGUUCUAGACCCUCAAAGCACUGAAGACAAUGCUCCUCUUCCCGAACUCACAGAGACAUCGGACAAGCAUGAAUCGACUGCGAUCAAACGUGAGCACUCGCCAGAUGGCUUCAAUGAUCAGGAACCACCACAGAAAGUCCAGAAAGCAGAGCCAGAUCAAGCAUCCACCAGUCGCUCUGGCCACGGUCGUACUAUGAGAAGUGCCGUUACCAACAACACACAAGCUAAGUCGCCGCCAAAAGCCAAGGAUGGCUCUCAAAAGAUCACCAAUUUCUUUGCCAAGUGA